AAUUCUCUUCCUUCAAUUCAUUUUCUUCAGUUAAGUUGCCCAAUUAGGGUUUCAUCCUCUUCAGUCUCAUCAAAACUUAGUGCGAGUUCCUGAAUUCAGAACCCGAAUUUUAGGGUUUUAGCGACUAUGGGGAAAGUGAAGAUAGAGAAAGGAAGCACCAGUGCUGUAGUUAGACAAUUCAGGAGUAGGGAAACCGCCGCUAUUUCAAGUUCCGGUGAUUCCGCCGCCGAACAUCAGAAUAAGCCGCCCCUCCGUAAGUCACGGCCACCGCCGUCGCAGCAUCAUGGAAGUGGAGGAGAAGAGGAGGAAGAUGAAGAAGAUGAAGUUGUCGUAAGGAGAAAUCUCCGUUCGAAAUAUCUCGCCGUCAAAAAUUUACUAUCCAGUGGAGCGGAGGAUUCGUUGCGGACGGAUUCUGAUAAGUUCAAGGCUAUGUUUGAUGAAGUUGAGAGUUUGCAUAAGAAAGUUAGUAAGCCACGUGAGCAAGUAGCUGAUGCAGAGGCUUUGUUUGACAUAACAAGCAGUUUUGUGAAAUCUGUCAAGGCACAAAAAAAUGAGGGGUUGACUCCAUCAGAUUUUGUGUCUUGCCUGCUUAAGGAUUAUGGUCGGCAAGGUAGAGCUACAAGCAGUGCAGAUGAUUCUGGGAACUCGAUAAUUUGGAAAGACAUCGGGCUUGCAGUUUCUCAUAUUUUCAGAAAAGGCACAGGAUGUUCUACCAUGCUAGGGCCUAUGAGUUCUGAACUAAAGAGAAGGAAAACUGUUGUUCGGAAAAAGCAUGUCAGACCAACUGAUACUGCACGGCCUGAAGAGCUCGAUAACACUACGGAAGUGAAAACUGAUACGGACAAGAACAUGUCACUAAUGUUUGACAUUUUGAGGAAAAAUCGAAGGGUCCGGCUGGAAAAUAUAAUCUUGGACAGAAGUUCUUUUGCACAGACAGUAGAAAAUUUAUUCGCUUUGUCAUUUCUAGUGAAAGAUGGAAGAGCUGAGAUUACUGCUAAUACAAAUGGCCAUUUUGUUUGCCCUAGGAAUGCUCCAGGUGCUGAAGCAGUCACAUCAGGCAAAGUUUCUUACAGUCACUUUGUCUUCAGAUUGGACUUCAAGGACUGGAAGCUGAUGUUGGAUUCUGUUGGAGAAGGCGAGGAGAUGAUGCCACACAGAGUUGAAGCAGACACAUUUGGUCACUCAAAGUUACCAGCAGGAUCAGAUCAUGAAAUAGCUGCUAUGAUGACUCCAAUUAAAAAACUAUCAAGAAAUCGAGGUCUAGUUCUACUACAGUAACAGAGAGUAAUGAAAAUAGAUCAAGACCACUUGUAAGUAAAGAGUUUUUAGACCAGUUGUUGUAAUAUCAAAAAGAGGUUGAUACCUAAAAUCAACUUCAACUCUGCAAUCAAUGAAGUAAAUUCUCAAUCAUUAA